UCACAGUUCGCUGCUACAGCAGCCCAUGCAGGAGUGCGCAGCCAACUUCAUUUCGACCAAAAAUGGCCGUUUUGUUCGGAUUAUACACGCUGGGGAUCAUAACUUCAGCCAUUUUCCUCAUCAUUCUGGUAUGCCUCACGUAUCAUCCGUUAAGAAGAUACAUCCAAAACUGGAAUGAAAUGAAACCAAUUCCUGGAAUGGAAGGUGCUUACCCACUUAUUGGCAAUGCACUUCAAUUUAAAGUAAAUGCAGGAGAUUUUUUAAACCAGGUUCUUGAAGGCACCAAUGAGUUUAGGCACUUGCCUUUGAUCAAAGUGUGGGUGGGGCCAGUGCCGUUCCUUGUCUUGUAUCAUGCAGAGACCAUUGAGGCUGUUCUCAGCACAUCCAAACAUAUCGACAAGUCAUAUUCAUACAGAUUCUUGCACCCUUGGCUUGGAACAGGCUUGCUCACUAGCACAGGGGACAAAUGGCGCAGCCGGCGGAAAAUGCUCACCCCGACCUUUCACUUCUCCAUCCUGUGUGAUUUUCUGGAGGUAAUGAAUGAGCAGACAGACAUUCUGAUUGAGAGACUCAGACAGCAUGCAGACGGAGAUCCCUUUAACUGCUUUAAUUACAUUACACUGUGUGCUCUGGAUAUCAUAUGUGAGACAGCAAUGGGCAAAAAAAUCUUUGCUCAGAGCGAUUCAGAGUCGGAGUACGUCCGUAGCGUUUACAAGAUGAGUGAUAUUAUAACGCGGAGACAGAGGGCACCAUGGUACUGGCCUGACUGGAUCUACAAUGUGAUUGGAGAAGGAAAAGAACAUGCGAAAAGACUGAAGAUUCUCCACUCCUUCACCAAGAGCGUUAUCAAAGAGAGAGCAGAGUGUAUGACUGUGGCAGACUCUGACAGUGAGCUGGACCAAGGUCACAGAAAGAGACGAGCGUUUCUGGACAUGCUGCUGAAAACCACCGAUGACAGCGGCGCUUACCUGAACCAUGAGGACAUUCAAGAAGAGGUGGACACUUUCAUGUUUGAGGGUCACGACACCACGGCUGCGUCGAUGAACUGGGCUUUGCAUUUAAUUGGCUCUCACCCGGAGGUGCAGAGGAAAAUCAGGGCAGAACUUCAGGAGGUCUUUGGGUCGUGCGAUCGGCACGUGAGCAUGGAAGACCUUAAGAAGCUGCGCUACCUGGAGUGUGUUAUCAAGGAGAGUCUGCGUCUCUUCCCUGCUGUGCCCCUGUUUGCCAGGAGCAUCUGCGACGACUGUCAGAUCAAUGGAUUUAAGGUCCCUAAAGGAGUGAAUGCUGUUAUCAUACCUUAUGCCCUUCACCGUGACCCUCGUUACUUCCCCGACCCCGAGGAAUUCCGACCAGAACGCUUCUUUCCGGAAAACAGCACCGGAAGGCAUCCCUAUGCAUACCUACCUUUUUCCGCAGGACCAAGAAACUGCAUUGGCCAGCGCUUUGCCAUGAUGGAAGAGAAGGUGGUUCUUGCGACGGUGUUGCGUCAUUUCGACGUUGAAGCCUGUCAGAGUCGGGAGGAGCUGAGGCCCAUGGGAGAACUCAUCUUGCGGCCAGAGAAAGGCAUUUGGAUCCGUCUACACAAGAGAUCAAGCUAACAGCCUCCCACUCUCACAUCUCUCACCUCCCACGCCAACCAUUAAAUCUACACACAGCCCACUGGAAAUGGCUUCCUAUGCAUUCAUGCAUAUUAUUCAAGGUGGAGCCACACUGGUGGCUUUGAGAAAGGUGUAACCAUGGAAAUGAUGUUUUAGCCUCCUCGUGUUCCAUGCAUUGUGGUAUGGAAACUGUGUAUCUCGCUGUAGCCUAUGAAAUGUGAAGAUUACAUUUUACAGCUUGUAAAUUGACACAAAUGAUUUCUUUAAACAUUAUUUUUUACCUUUCACAGGGAAUAAUUUUAUACAAAAGAACAAUAAAGAAAAAUAUUUGGCAAUGUUUACAAUGUUUUACAACGUCAUAUAGUGCCAUGCAAUGUUUUACUGUCUAUGUUGUUAACACCUAUAGAAUCCAUUAUCCCAGAUGUAGUUUCAGUAGUAGUCAGCAAUAUUUUCCUGUUGUCCUAAGACCAAGUUCAAAUAACAAAAUAAUUUGCAAAACUUUCAACCAAUUAGCUAAUAUAAUUCACCUUAAAUAAGCACACACAUACACUAAGUUCACGUUUCAAUUAUCCUUUCACAAAGACUUCUCCACAAACAUUAAUUAUGUUCUUGACUGGAGAUGUUGAAACAUUGGUUUUGUUUUAUGUUUAAUUUUUUGAUAAUUAAAUAUAAAUUUGUAUUUUGUUAUGGCUUCUUAAACAAUCUAGCACAGUUGAUUGCACCAGCUUGGUCUUUAAUUGCAAAUAGGAAUUGUUUGGCUCUGGGAUUCAAUCUUUCAGUUCAUGUUUCAUCGAAUGCUUUGAAUAAGUUCCAACACCAGUUCCAUAAUUGGCGAGAAUAUUAAGCCCUGAAAUUUUUCAUCCUCUUCAAACCAUUUGUAAACUGUCCAAGCAAUAAAAUAUCUGGCAACCACUUUC